UAACAUGCCAUACCUGCUAAACACGGACUGCUAACCGCUAAUGUGCCAUACCCGCUAAACAUGGAUGGACACAGAGGGGCAUGUAUACAGAAGCGAGCUGAUCACUGUCCUUCUCCCGAUUUGAGGCACUUCCCUAAAUCUCUGGAUACAGUGUGACUUCUGCUGUGCUGCAGGGCAUGUGGCAGCUUGUCCUGGCCGACAGGGGCUUGUCACAUGCUAAUACAUGUGUUUCACGCAUGUUAAAUGUGCACCUCUUUCAGCAUGUCCUGCUACUUUUUACGCAGACGUCUUCCCUCUCUUUUAACCAGGCACGUUGUGGGUGGGGGAUGCCCAAAUGGUUGAAGGUGUCCCCUUUCUUCAUCACCGACAAUUAAGCAUCUCCCCCAGGAAGAGCACCUACGUAUCUCCGCAGCCCUGCUUGUAUUGGCCCUGCAGCUCUGUGCUCAUGCUUCCAUCUUCCUAUAAGGAUUACGUCUCCCAGAAUCGACUCCAAGUUCUCUUUGGUCCUCACCUUCGCCAGUCUGCUGUCAGCUUUCUCCUUAGAGCAGAAAUUGCACAAAUACUGUAAGUAAAAUGACCUCUGGGGAUAAACCGCCAUGCUGCCAGUUGUUUAUGUCACUGAAGCGCUGCCUUUCAUUUCCCUUCGAGUGUCUGAUCGACUUUGUUUUGAUGUUCUCUGGAAGGGGAAGCAAUAAUCUAAUAGCAGAAUAGUGUUACCGGGGAGGAAUGCCUGGUUACAUCAGCAUAUCCAGGCUUCUAGGGAUGUGCGUUUUUAUUACAGCUACUGAAAGAAAGAUAAGACAAAGUUUAUGAUCCCCGGGGGGAGGAAUUCUUGUAAAUUAAAACAAUUGGAAGAUUCAGAAGCCUGAGCCCCCCCUUCAGGGCUGACGGAUACACUGCUUCUGCUACAUGGGCAAACACAUUAAAUAAAUACAUAAUUAAUGAUUAAAAAACACACCCAUGCAUCUCCACAUUUGUUACCCAAGUCCCUUGUUCUGCCUGGAAUCUCAUUUUUCUCUUGAAGGCCAUAACGGAAUCCUGUCGCCUAAUCGAUUCUCUUCCCCGGAGAUUUAGGCUCUUGCAGACGGUUUUCCGGCAGAUUCACCUCAAACUGGGAAGUGGAGCGGAGGGAGAAGAACUCAAUAGGAAAACACAGUGACGUGCAACAGCCUUGGGGCAAAAGGAACGGAAAGGGGGAAGUGGGAAUGUAGUUCCCGGGAAAGGAUUAUUGGAGGGGCGAAGACGAGGCUAGAGGGUUUUAUCGCCAUGACAUGUUUCAUGGAGGAAAGUGGCCUUCAUUUUGGAGGAAAGUGGUCUUCAUUUUGGAGGAAAGUGGCCUUCAUUUUGGAGGAAAAUGCCUUUUUACGUGUUUUUAAAUGAAGCGGAUUAAACAAGUGGCCACAGUAGCCCUGAAACGCCCCCCCCCCCCUUUCCUGGUACUUUCACACCCGCAGAAGAAGGCCCCUCCCAGGUCUAUUCUCCUGCUCGCCUGUGUGUAAGUGUGUAUGCGUGUCUCACAGCGGACAGCCGCGUCCAAAAGAAAGCCCGAGAGCGGGAAGCGGACCCGACUUGCCAAGAUUGCCGCCGCAGCCGUCUGCCCGGAAUUCCUUCCCUUUUACACUCAAGACGAAACUUUUACAUCUCGGCUCCCGUCCGGACUUGCAGAGGAAAGCAUUGAGGGAGAGCCAGCGGGAGCGUCGCCGUCUGCAGACGCCCUUCUGAACGGCGCUGAUUUCUCGCGGAGCAGAGGCGGGAAGACACAGGGAGUAACAAACCAUGCCUGCCCCGGCGGGACAGCGAGAGACCAGGACCCUUCAGCGAGAAUGCUGAGCUCCGAUGCUCGCCUCAGAGGGUUCCCUUAUCUCGGCUCACAGGAGGGGCGUCUCACACUGGGAUGAAGGAAUUCAGCGCCCUGGGAUGAAAGAGUCGAGCAGGCAGCUUUGUUGAUCCACCCCCCCCUGCCCCCCUCCCGGCAUCAGUGCACUAUGUGGAUGUUAUCUUUAGCUUUAUGGAUUCUUGGUGUUUCGAAUCUCACUCAUGGGUCCCACGCAGACGAGCCGACCUUCGAGGACGGAGGUUCUCCUGGCCGUGGAUCUCCCUCUGAGGUUCUCCAUCCCUCCCGCAUGCAGCCGCCGCAGGCGUCCAGCCUGGAUGAGCUGCUGGAGAUGCUGUACCCGGAGUACAGCCUGGUGCAGGACUGUCUGCGCAGACGGAUGCACGGCGCCCCCUGGCGCAGCCACACCGCCACCGACGACAUGUGGGGAGAUCCUCGUGAGAUGGCACUCUACAAGUUCGACGGGACCUUCGAGGUCAUCAUGCAGGAGAUCCAGCGCACCGUGUGCCGGCCUCGGGAGGUCUGCCUGGAGGUGUCCAAGGAGAAUCCCGAGAGCACCAGCAACUUCUACCUGCCGAGGUGUGUGUCGGUGCACCGAUGUGGCGGCUGCUGCAACCACGAGGCCCUGUACUGCGGCAACACAAGCCACAGCCUCAUCAACAAGACCCUGGUGGAGCUGUCCCCCCCGCGGAUGGAGCGGUCCGUGAUCAUGGUGACGUUCGUCAACCACACGGCGUGCGAGUGUCAGGGGAAGAGACCACUGCACUCGAUAAUCCGGAGGGCGGCGGUCAGCCAUCGACCUUUGUGCUCCGAACCUGAUGUCCCGUGUGACCCUGGGUGGGAAUGGAACGCAGCUGGAUGCCAGUGCGUACCUGCGGGUACGCACCCCUCCCCCGCGCCUGUGCCGGCAGACCCCCUGGAUGCAGCCCUGCUGGCACUGUGCGGCCCCAACAAGGUGCUGGACGAGGGCCGCUGCGAGUGCGUCUGCGAGAACGGGCUGACGGAGGCCAGCUGCGGCGCAGGUUGGCGUUUGGACGCAGCCGCCUGCGAGUGCGUCUGCGACGGGCUGCCCGCCCCCGGCACCUGUCCUCCCAGCCAGCGCUGGGAGCCCGAGCUGUGCGGCUGCAUCUGCCGAGCCACCUGCCCACGCAGCCAGCCCCUCAACCCCGACACCUGCCUGUGUCAGUGCAGGGAGAGCGAGCGCAGCUGCCUGCUGCAGGGCAAGAAGUUCAACCGCGACAACUGCAGCUGCUACAGGCUGCCCUGCAGGACCCCGCGCCGGAAGUGCCCCCCCGGGCACUACUACAGCCCCUCUGUGUGCCAGUGCGUUCCCAACUACAUGAGGUCAGGGGAGUGGAACUGGGGUGGGCGCCGGGACUGACUGGCCUCGCUGUUGCUGCUCUCCCCCCCCCAGCACCCUUGGUUGCCCUGGGAGACCGGAUGUAAGGUUUUUUUUUUCUUUCUUUCAAAGAGCACCGCUCAAACUUUUGUGUGCCUGGUGGGACAGAAGUCGUCCCCCCCCCUGGGAAUCCGGGUAUGAGUGCUCAUUCCCAUGAGUGGGCGACUCCCCAGCUGCGUGCAGUAAAAACGCCACCCUUGGGGUGCAGGCUGCAUCCAGACGAUACAGGAAGGAACUGGAGGUCAUACUUCCAGCCCCUCGCAACAGGCUGAGAGGGGGAGGCAUCUCUGUUCUGGGAUCAGCGAGGGGAACUGGCGACUGGAACUGGAGAGUAAUAAUAAUAAUAAUCAUCAUAAUAAUCAGAAUAAGAAUAAUAAUAAUAGCAAAUCCUAUAUAUUUGUCUAUCUGGAGCAGAUCUGGGCAAAACAAGUCCACGAAGCUAUUUUUACUGGCUUGAGAGAUCAUUAAAAUAAGAGAAAAAUAAAGUUUUCUGUUCAAAUCUUUGACGAUGAACAGAUUUUUCCCUACGAUUUUUUUUCUUUUAAUUAAUAAUAAAUAUAUAAGCUAAACAUGAGAAUGCAUUGGAUCUAUUGAUUUCUGCAUACAUUUCCAGAAAAGGUCAAAUCUAACGAGUUUGCUACUGUACAGUAGCUGUCGUGGGACGUAAAGAAAACGGCCCCCGCUGAUAUGGGGAAGCUUCCUGCUCAGGCCUGCUCUAGACCAGUGGCUUCUGAAUGUGAAAGUUACACUGAAUCUUUUACCCCCACAGAAGAUUUUCCACUAAACCUUAUGCAUUCAUGUUUUUGUACAUCUCAUCUAACGUACUUGCUUGAGUAAACUGAAUGUUGAUUUAA